ACACUGAAAGCCUGCUGGUGAUCUUAGCGGAUUUUGUCUCUGAAACGCUACUUCUCUGAAGCACAGAGCUCUGCAAAAAUGCAACAUCGACCCCACCUGCUUCUCAUUUCUCUCACCAUAAUGUCUGUGUGUGGUGGGAGCAACGGUCUCACAGAUCAGCUGAAUAACAAGAACCUGACCAUGCCCCUGCUGCCAAUCGAGUUCCACAAGGAAAACACAGUCACCAAUGACUGGAUUCCAGAGGGGGAGGAGGACGACGACUACCUGGACCUGGAGAAGUUACUCAGUGAAGAUGACGACUACAUAGACAUCAUCGACGCUGUUUCCCCGACCGACUCGGAAGCCAGCGCCGGGAACAUCCUGCAGCUCUUCCAAGGCAAGAGCAGGAUCCAGCGUCUUAACAUCCUCAAUGCAAAGUUUGCUUUCAGCCUUUACCGAGCACUGAAGGACCAGGCCAACGCUUUUGAUAACAUCUUUAUAGCGCCUGUGGGCAUUUCUACUGCCAUGGGGAUGAUCUCCUUGGGUCUGAAGGGGGAGACCCAUGAACAGGUGCACUCCGUUUUGCAUUUUAGAGAUUUUGUUAACGCCAGCAGCAAGUAUGAGAUCCUGACCAUUCAUAACCUCUUCCGGAAGCUGACGCAUCGCCUCUUCAGGAGGAACUUUGGGUACACACUGCGGUCAGUCAAUGACCUCUACGUCCAGAAGCAGUUUCCCAUCCGGGAGGACUUCAAGGCUAAAGUAAGAGAGUAUUACUUUGCUGAGGCCCAGGCGGCUGACUUCUCGGACCCUGCUUUUAUAUCAAAAGCCAACAACCACAUCCUAAAGGUCACCAAGGGCCUCAUUAAAGAAGCGUUGGAGAACGUAGACCCUGCUACUCAGAUGAUGAUUCUGAACUGCAUCUACUUCAAAGGAACCUGGGUGAAUAAGUUCCCCGUGGAAAUGACACACAACCACAACUUCCGGCUGAAUGAAAGGGAGGUGGUCAAGGUUUCUAUGAUGCAGACCAAGGGUAACUUCCUCGCAGCAAAUGACCAGGAGCUGGACUGUGAUGUCCUCCAGCUGGAGUACGUAGGGGGCAUCAGCAUGCUAAUUGUGGUCCCACAUAAGCUGUCGGGGAUGAAGACCUUGGAAGCACAGCUGACACCCCAGGUGGUGGAGAGAUGGCAAAAAAGCAUGACAAACAGAACCCGAGAGGUGCUCCUUCCUAAAUUCAAGCUGGAGAAGAACUACAACCUGGUGGAGGCCCUGAAGUCAAUGGGGGUCACGGAGCUGUUUGACAAAAACGGCAACAUGUCAGGAAUUUCAGACCAAGGGAUCACCAUGGACCUGUUCAAGCACCAAGGCACCAUCACGGUGAACGAAGAGGGCACCCAAGCUGCAGCUGUGACCACGGUGGGGUUCAUGCCACUGUCCACCCAAGUCCGCUUCACAGUGGAUCGCCCCUUUCUGUUCCUGGUCUACGAGCACCGCACCAGCUGCCUGCUCUUCAUGGGGAGAGUGGCCAACCCUGUCAGGUCUUAGGGUGGAGCUCUGGGCAUCUGAUGUGUUUUGGGGAUGUGCUGUGGUUCUGUUUCUAUUCCAACAACGAGGACACAGAUUUUUGGCACCAUGACUUCCGUGGUCUAUGCCUCCAAUCUGAACCCAAGGCCAAACGAGAGGAGAAAUUUGCUAAGGACUGAGAAGCAGGUGGGAAUCAAUCCUACAGAGUAAAUCACGCCGAGAAUCCACAGAAGACAGGUCACUGCAGCAUGCAGCUGCUCCCCCAAGGGUCUCACCAAGAGCCAGACCACCUUCCUGCCCCUUCCUCCAAGCACACCUGCACAGUACGCCCUGGGCACCUCCUUCCCAGGCAGCCUGCAGGGUAUACCUACUUCCGUCACUCAAAGCCUUUCUCAACUAGGGCCCCUUUCUGAGCACAGAAAUGAGGAGUGUGACAAAGUGUUCACCAUCUGUGAUGUUCCCAAGGGAGAAGCAACCUUGAGACAGACAGGCGUGGAGUGCCCUGGGCUAACGGUACGGUUUAAUUCUCUCAAGGCCCAACUUUCCAAAUCCACGUGAAGUCAUCUGUCCCUCCUGCUGGUGCCUCGCUGAGACCCAGAGGACAGUGCAGCAUGUGGCCAUGUCUUCCACCCUAAAGAUAAAUAAAUGUAGCCACUUUUCAUGUGA